CACUCGCAGCGCUCCGACUGCCGGGCAGCCAGCUCCCAGGGAUGCCCAGCAAGGUCCCCACGUGAAGGGGAGACCAAGGCGGGGAGGGGGGUGGGGGACAAAGAGCAAGAGAGCGACGGGAGACAUCCGGAGGAAGAAGUCGGCGGUGGGAAUAACGAGCAACGCCGGAGGGAUGCGAGGACCGGAGGAGGAGAGAGACGUGGAGUUUCUACUGUAUUGAGCCGUGAGGAAAUGACUUAGUAAAACAAGGGCCAAGAGAAGAAAAGAGCUUGAAAGGAGGGGCAAUAAAACCAAGGAAGUGAGAGCCACAAAAGCCGAAUGACGCUGGGUGUGAUGGAGAGCCAAGCAGGUUCGGUCUAUAACUUGGCUGCCCUUCCUCUUGUUGGCCUGGAGGACAAAGCAGUUGGAGAGGUUGAACCGGCAAUGUGAUGGAAACAAAACUGAAGGACAGGUUGCCUCCUCCCUGCUUAUUUGCUCUGAAUCUUUUUCAUGGAAGAAACGAGCAACAAAAGACACGCAGCAGCUUGAAGAAAAUUGAUGCUGCAUUUAUUUAACUUGCUACACGUAGAAGAUAACGGACUUUAUUGUCAUCCUUUUGACGGUUCACCAUCUUGACCUGUGAAUAUGAAUUUUCCUUUGGUUAAAGACAAGGGAUAACCUGUGCACGACCCAAAAUGCGACCCAAAACUGUUAUGCCAUAAGUAACUUUACUGAAACGCCGGAUCUCUUUCUUUAUUAAUAAUGAUUAAUCACUUUGCUUGGUGAUGCACUGAUACAACUGGGCCUUUUGUGAUACAUUGGACUACCCGCAGUGUUGUUUGAUGUUGGGGGAGAGCAGGAGGAAAGCGCAAUGGUGAGCAAAGAGCCCAACCACUUGCUGUCAGGCCAAACCAACGGGAAGAGUGCCCUGGCGGAAAAGUCUGGAACAAUGACUGUGCGUUCGGUGCUGCUCAAUCGUGACUCUCCGGACAUUGAGAGUCGACUGAGGCGGCGCCGCAACCGCACUCACCAGGUUCGCUUUAAAGACCUGGAAGACGGCAGCAGCAGCAGCGGCAAUAGUGGCACGGGAGAGAACAGCAACCACCAGAGGUCGACGACAGACUGCGAUAGUCCUCAUCCUCUGCGCAAAAACAGCAGCAGGCCCCCUAAAGGACCAUGGGGGGGAAAGGAUGGACCACAUACUGACAGCCUACCCGGUCAGACCUCUGUGGUAGGAGCAGUGCGUGGAGACAUGGCUAGUACAAUCGAGGUUGUGGCUGCUUUUUUGGCCAGGGCCCCUCCCCAUCCACUGACACCUGGUCCUACUCGUCGAUGCUGGGCACCACCACAAAUUAACUCCCUGACCUUGCCAAUGACACGAAAACCAAGCACCAGCACAGCCAUUCAAACCUCACCAUGCCUGAAAAAGUCGCUCUCUUCCACGCACACUCGUACCCACAGCCUAGGAGAUUCUUUGGGCAUAGAUGGUGAUGAUGAACACGACUCCCAAGAUGAAUACCUUACAAACAACCAUAAGGAAUCCUCGAGCUCAAGGGAUCUUAAUGGUCCUCAAGCGCCUGCAGAUCGAACUAUAAUUGAACGGAGACCAAAAUCAUCCAGGGCGGACAUGAAAUCAACUGUUGAGGUCACAAAAAUCUCUAGGUAUAGUUGUCCUCCAUCAGUCCUUCACAACACCGAGCUAUUCCACUGUCCGAACACGUCAAGCCGAGAUGGCCCUAAGCGUCAGGGAAGUGUCACGCCCUCGCUGGUCCGGAGGAGAAAGCGUCUGAACAGGACAACAAGCGAUCCUGGAAAAGAAGUUCACUAUUGCACCACUCCUACUCAGACUGAGACCCCUCAUUCAACUCUGCCGCAUUCAAAUAUCAGACUUUCACGAGUCCAAACCGAGUGCAUGUCUACCCAUUCAAAAUAUUGCACUACACAAAUUCAAACCGAAGUCAAGAUUCAAAACAGCAGCUCCAAUUCGACCCCCCCUUUAAAUGUUACACAGUGCACCACACAGAUACAAACAGAUUCUCUCUUGCCUUCAGCUACAGACCAUCAACCAUCCCAGAUGCAAACUUCCAGCCCCUGUGCUUCUCCACCUCCGCUGGAAUCACCAAACUCAGAUCAAAUUGAAUUUGAGAGUCCUAUAGCGGCAAAUGUGACACAGGAUCCUUUCCCCACGCAAAUAACUACUGUGCCUUACUGUUCAUCUCCGCCUCCUCCAAGUGCACCGUCACAGAAACCUGAAGCAUGCACUGAGCCAUCUUGCUUCUCGUCAAUUGAGCCAGCAAGUGUCUCCUCGCCUCCCUCCACAGCCCUUCCUUUUUCUUGCUCUGAAACCACUGUAAUCCAAAACUCCAUCCCAUACUAUACUCAUAUGACACCGACAGGAUCCAACAGUGUACUACCUGUCUGUUCCACUCCAUUGCCAGCAGCAUCAGCAUGCUCUACUGGAAACAGCACUUCUCUUGCCCCAAAUAUGGCAUCACCAGUUACCCUCACAUGUCUCACUCCAGCUCCUGUAAAUAACCCAGGUGUGGCUCCCUGUGACCCCAGACACCAAACUGCUUCUCAACCACAGCCACGAAACGUGUAUCCGGCUACAAAUCAAACUCCAUGCACAAUUGUAACGCAAACUGCUUUGUCUUGCACCUCCAUCUCCUAUUACACUACAACCCAUGCAGCAGGCCCUCUCCACAAUUCCUCAACUCCUUCGUGUGCAACCCUCAUACAAACCCUAGCGCACUGCAACAUUCCAUGUCAACCAUUGCAAAAUGCCUCCUCGGUCAGCAUGGGCAUGGCAAUCUACACCUCUCCAGUCCCAAAACUAACAACGUGCAAAUCUCCACCGCCACUGGUCAAUAUUCCGAAUGUGCACCAUUGCGCAACGCCAACAAAGGCCGUUCCUCUGUACUCGUUUCGAGCAGCACCACCAUACACACCUCCCUCUCAGGCCCCCUUGAACACUCAGGAAAAGAGGGGCAUUAGACUCCCACCUCCUGCACCACCACCACCACCCUACACGCCACGUAAAAAGGGAAAUGACCCGCCGACGGCUGCAGUCCGUACACCUGCGCUCAGGGCAGAGAGCAAGGCCAACGAGAUGGAUAAAGAUGAGGAGAAAGAGAAGAAAGGAGAUGUAAAAUCUAGAGACAAAGAAAAGCUCUGUGAGAGAGCCAGCUCUCUUAAGCAGAGGGCUAAAACUCCACCAGUUUGUGUGGUGAAGGGAGAAAAACCGUCUUCUCCCGCCAAGGCCUGUUUUAAGUCUAGCUGUCUCAGCUCAGCUCAGGCUCAGCUUGGGGUACUACACAAAAUCCUCUGUGCAGGAGCCAAUGCUCCCAACAGCCAACACGCAAUCCCUCCAAACCAGCAGGGUUAUUCCGGGGCCAAGGGUUGUGCAGUUUCCGAGGAAAUGCCUCUGACUCCUACCCAAGCUGACACGCUGAGACAGGUGCAGGAGAUUCUGGGAGGGUUGGUGUCUGGAGCUAGGUGUAAGUUGGACCCAGCCCGAGUGACAGAGAAGCUCCUGGGUCCCAACGGGCCAUUACGAGACAUUCGAAGCCUUCAGAGUCAUCUCCACAGCCUGGAGGGGGUCUUAGAGACUAGCCAGAAUACCAUCAAGAUCCUACUGGAUGUAAUACAAGAUUUGGAGAAGAAGGAGGCUGAACGAGAUGGAAGACAUUCAUACCGAACCGGUCAGGACAUUGAGAACUGUGGGACCUGCAGGGACUGUGCUUGCAUCAUCUAUAGCGUAGAGCAUGACUUUCGUCUUCAGGAAGGGCAGGUGGUGCGCACAUGGAAGGUGGGCGACCCUCCUGAGGGCUCACCCCAGACCUCCACCCCUCCGUCCAGCACGCCUAGCCAACAGGACUCCCCCCAAGCGGUUCGUCCCACUGCGACCGCCAAGAAGAACAGAAAGAAAUGCUUCUGGUUCCUCUGAAACAAAAGACUUUUGGAAUUGCAAUACCCCCGCAGAUGGGGGCUGAUCGACCUGGAGGAUUAAAACAUGCAAAUAUACAAAAGAAAAACUGUGGGAGGACAAGACACAAAGGUCGAAAUUUGAGCGCCUUUUUGUUGGAGGUGAUGACAAUGCCUUGAUGUGCUUUUAGAGCUCUCCAAAAAGGCCUCUUCAGCUUUUUUUUUAUGGCGCGGGACGGUCACUUCAAGUGCAAUAUGACUAAGCAAUGAUGAGAUGUGAACAGAAUAAAUACAGAUAAUAUACACUACUCACAAAAAGUUGGGGAUAAUUGGCUUUGUGAAAUUUCAAAUGCAUUUUCUAACAUUCUCAUCCACCUGUUUAAUGUUUCUGUACUUUUUGCACAACUUGUCCUCUCAUAAGGAGCUGAAGGGCAAAAUUCAAAAGAGGUUUUAAUCCAUGAGUUUGCAGGUAUAUUUUCAAGAGCAUCCACUUUAAGCCUUUCAUUGAGUCUUUGUAGCAAACUGGCAAUGACACCCUGUAACAUACCUGUACAACCUAGUGGCCCAGUGACCUUUGAUGACGUCUUGGUACAAGGUAGUGUUUAUAAAUUGUUAGAUGUAGCCUUAUUCUUAGGAUAUCCAGCAACAGUAAGUAACAUUAUCUCAAAUUAAUGCAAAUUCAUUAAUAAACCACUUAUAAAAAACACAAAUGAAAACAAUGCUUUAUACAGGGAAAAAAAACUUGAGCAAACAAAAUCGUUUACAAUAAACAGUUUAAAACAACAGAAAAGUUUUUUUUUUUUUUUUAAAUUGAAAACUACAACAGAUGCUUAGCCUUAAAGUGCCUGUGACAGGAUAAAAAAAAAGUCUUAAAUAGCAUUAUUAUGUAAAUUAAAACCAUAUUUUGAGACGAUUCGACUAUAUACAACAUUGUUUAAUCUGCAGUUUAGCCCCCCCUGUCAUUAUAGCGCUCUAGCGACCCCAGCUGGAUGAUGACGACGGCAGGGUCAAGAUUUCAGCUGAUUUAGAAUUCAGCCCAUUGAGGGGGAAGAUUCAGAACGAGAAAAAUUGCAACAGAGAGCAGCAAAAUGUCAUCGUUUCAAUCUCUCUACUCCAAUAUUUUUAAAGGAUAUUCUCUAUAUCUAUGUAUUUUCCCCAUUUGCUAAAUAAAUGGUAUGAUCAUGACAAAUCACAGUCUUGUGCUAAAUGGAAUAUGAAAUAUUAAAAAUGCAUUUAUUCAGUACAACAUGGCAAAAUUACUGCAUAAUGGUCAAAAUUGUUGACUUCUUGCAAAUCCCGAAUGGUAUUUUAUGCCACCGGAGUUAGUCAGGCUUUUGUCAUUUCCCUGCCCCGGCUUUGGAGAUGGAGGAAAGAGUGUAAACAAAACAGGAGGCGUGACAGCUAGCCGACUUACUAACCCGAACCAAGCGGCGUUUCCAAGUCUUUUUCCCGCCUUUCGACAACGUAAAAUCACACAAAACUACCCCAACUCAUGUCACACAUGCCGGCGGGGUUGAUUGUCUUCACCGAUCAGCCAGCCUACGGCAGCGACCAAGUUACUGCGCCCCAGCAGGCAGGCAGUGCUCCUCGCUGAGAGAGAAGGGGAAAUGCCGAAAAUGAGAACUCACACAAAACUACCCCAACCUAUGUCACACACGGUGGUGGGGAUGAUUGUCUUCACUGAUCGGCCAGCCCACGCAGGCAAGCAAGUUACGGCUCAUCGUUCUGCUGCCCCGGCGGGCAGGCAGUGCUCGUCGCCGGGGAGAGAAGGGGAAACGCCUAAAAUGUAAACAAAAAAGGAGUAGUAUUAUCACCCACAAAAAUGCAAGCUACCUCCUUAUUAAAAUGUUUGCCAUGAUCCCAGUAUUUGACAUAAUAUAAAACACGAAGCUUAUUCACUUCCUUGCCCGUCCAAUGGUUCCUCGGUUGUCGGACCUGUUUUGACCAUCACGGUGAACAAGGAUCUUUUGGAAAUCCAAAAAGCCUAACACCACUCUACCUGGUGUAGCAACAAAAGCCUGCAUUGCAUUGGGCUGGCAUGACGCAAAAAAUAAACAAAUUAAUCCGCAAUAUCAGAUGAAUCCGCAGUCCUUCUGCAUGCUAUAUUGCAAUGGCUGCCUUAUUAAGAUAAUCUCUACCGCUCGCGUCACAUUCGCCUUCUUCCUCAACCCGAGACUGGAGCCGGAAGUCACUCAUUUUCAUGGCGCGGGAUUAAAAAAAUUGAAUAAAUAUAUCGAUCGCUUCCACACACAUCCAAACAUUCAGGAGCAUAAAAUACCGCGUGUAAUAUAAAAUAAACAUGCUUUCUGGUGUCACAGGCACUUUAAGCAGAGUUGAAAGCCAAAGAAUUUUAAACAAGCAUCUACUAACCAAUAAAGGGAACAGUUUAUUUACUAAAUUGAGCAGAUGUCUUAGUCCAUUCACAGAUUCAAACCAAUUAUGAAUUUUGCCAUUUCACCGACAAGUACUGUCAACAAUUGGACAUGUGAAUUUGCAAGUUUGGAGGUCAAAAUUAGUUGACUUUCAACGAUUUUCGUGCAUUUUAAGAAUUAUUUUCAGGAAAAAGAGCCCAACAUCCCUAACUUUCUUAUACACACACACAUACAAUCAGAGUUGAAACCAUAAUUUUACAUACAUGACUUUAAAAAGAAAAAAAAGACACACAUGAUUUUUUCUCUUCUGACAUAAAAUCAGACUGAACCUUUUCUGUUUUAAGUGAAUUAGAAUUACUGAAUGAUUCUUUUUUUUUAUAUGCCAAACUAACGUUUUUCCAUCAUGUUUUUUUCUCAAAGACAGAGGUUUACAUACAUUACAAAUUAGUAUUUCAUAUUGCCUUUCUCUUGAAUGAAUUGGGUCAAUGUUUUCUUUAUCCUACCAUAAGCUUCAAUCAAUUGACAGGGGUUUUGAACUAUUCCUCCUGACAGAACCGGUGGAACUGAGCCAAGUUUGUUGGCCACCUGUCUUUUCAGGUCUUGCCCUUUAAUUCAAAUAGUAUUAAGAUCAGGGCUCUGCAACGGCCGAUACAAAACAUCGACUUUGUUCUCCUGGAGCCACUUAAUGACCGUUUUUGCAGUAUGCUUUGAGCCAUUUUCUAAUUUAAAGAUCCAUUGAAGCUUUAACUUCCUGGCUGAUGUCAUGAGUUGUUGUUUCAGUUUUUCCACAUAAUGUUCUUUCAUUGUGAUGCAAUAUAUUGUAUUGUCAAGUCCACCAAACCCUCCUGUAGCAACACAACUCCACAACAAGCUACUGCUAUCCCUGUAUUUCACAGUUAGGAUGGUGUUCUCAGGGUUGCGUCUCUUUCCUCCAAAUGUAACAAUCCUCAUUACAGCCAAACAGUUCAAUUUCGAUUUCAUCAGACGACUGGAAAAGGCUCCAAAGUGAAGGUAUUUGACCUGUGUGCACUUGCAAUAUGUAAUCUGGGUUUUUCUUCACACUUUUGUUUAAAGUAAUGGCUCCUUCCUGCUAGAGUGACCUUUCAGCCCAAGUAAGGACAGUAUUCAUUUCUUGGGUUGAUAUGCACAUUUCAAACCAAAGCUCAUUCAUCUCUGCAAGGCAGAUCCCGUCUCUUCCUGGGCGGUACAAUAGCUUACCCGUGACAUUUCCAUGGUGUUUAGACUGAUGUAUAAUUGUUUGAACAGAUGAUCGCGGCACCUCUGACAUUUGGAAUUUGCACAAUUUUCUUUCUGAAAUGUAGGUGACGCUCUCACAAGGAGUGUGUUUCAGCGGGGACUUCAAAUACAUCCACAGAUGUGUGUCUCUGAUUAUCUUGAAUAUAUAGAGAGAUAAUUAUUAUUAAAUGAUUUGGGAAUCCUGAUUUAACUUUACAAUUUAGUCUGAUAUGACAGAGUUUGAGGGAGAAAAAAUAUGUGUUUUUUUAUAUCGCGUAUGUAAACUUGUGGUUUCAACUCUAUAUUUGGAGUAUACAGUAAUAUCAAAAGGAGUUGUUUGACAUUAUACAGAGAAUGUGAAGUCAUUGUCACUAAUGGACUAAUGAGGGUCAGAACACCAGCUUUUAUAUUCAGAAACAUUUAAAGAAACAAUUUAAGACUUGUAUUUACAAUAUUUAAAAAAUAAAUACGUCUUUUACUGUUGUAGUUGUGGGAGAAACCACUACGCAUUCUCACAUGCAUCCCCCCACCCCCCACACACAAAAACAGCUAAACACGCACACACUCCCACACAGAUGUGAGAAAAGUACAUGUACAUGAAAAAGUAUACAAGAGACUUCUGUGCAUAUUCUGCCAUGAUGUUAUAUUUCAGAUAUGGAUUAAUGCUCUAUUAAAAAAAGUA